AUGGCUCCCAUGGCCGGUGAGGGUGUGCCUCUUUUCUACAUCACAAUUGUGAUGCUGACGUUGUCGUGGAUCUUUGCAACCGCGCGCAUUGGAGUCCGACGAUGGAAGAAUAAUUUCGGCCUUGAUGAUUGGCUGAUGUUUACUGGUCUGAUCCUCUACACAGUUACAACAUCAUUGGUUAUUACUUGUUGCUUCUAUGGCGCUGGCCAGAAAAGAGCUGAGCUGGAGGCGUCGGAUGUCAUGCAUGGCACAAAGCUUUUCUUUAUAGCCCAGUUCUUCUACUCAGCAUGUUCGGUUCCGAUCAAGUCAAGCAUUUGCGUCACGAUGCUACGCAUUGCAGAUUCUCGACGACGAUUUGUUUGGACACUAUGGGGAAUCAUUGGCCUUACUGUUAUAACCGCUAUUAUCUUCAUCCUCGCAACGGCCAACGUCUGCCAUCCGAUCACAACCCUCUGGGGCGAAACCACACACGGAACCUGCAACACGAAACUCAACAGCAACAUCGGAUUCUUCUUCUCGGCUGUUUCCAUCUUGACUGAUUGGACUCUGGCUAUCCUUCCGUGUAUUCUGCUAUGGAACAUUCAGAUGAAGACCAAAGUCAAGAUGCCUGUGAUCUUCAUGCUUAGUCUCGGCGCUUUUGCUAGUGCCGCUACCGUCGUUCGUCUCGGAUACCUUACACUAUACAACAACCCCGCCGAGUUCAUGUACAGCACCGGUGCCAUCGGUCUAUGGUCAAUCCUCGAAGAAGGCAUUGGAAUCAUCGCCGGAUCCAUGCCUGCGCUCCGACCGCUGCUCAGCUUGCCACUCUUCAGCAGGAGUACAUAUGGCAGCAACAUAGAGUCAAACCAGUUGUCCAGCCACAUGAACCAGCCCAACACUACCUCACACAAGCGAAAAGCAAACCAAUCUCAGAGCAAAAGGGCCUCUAUGGAGUUGAACGACUUCCGAACCCACUUGACGACACAUGUUGGAUAUGGAGAUGGAGAGACUCGGGAGCAAAAGCAAAGCCUGGAUGAUAGCGAUAGCCAGAAGUAUAUCUUGAAGUCAACCCGAGUUGUGGUGACAAGAGAGCAGGCUUAG